AUGACUUUCAAAACGAGUAAAAAGUUCUCAAUCAAAAAGGAGUAUGUGGAUUUGAUCACGGAGAAAUAUUCGGCUCGAAUCAAAACCUUGGAUUUUCAACAGACGGAAGAGACAGCUAAGAUUAUCGACGAUUUCGUCAGUAACGCAACUGAAAACAAAAUAAAGAAUUUCAUAACUGAAGAUUCAGUAAAAGAUGGAUUUUCGCUCAUAGUCAAUGCGAUCUAUUUCAAAGCCAAAUGGUUGUACGAAUUUCAAAAGCAAAGCACUAAAAAACGCGCGUUUUAUUUCUCAGAAACAAACAAAAAGGAGAUAGAUUUUCUGGGAGAGAUAGGGAAAAAUCGAUUGUAUGCCGAGAAUGAAGACGUAGAAGUGCUGUCUCUACCCUAUAAAGAC